AUGACAACGGUUGACUCCGACUCCCAAGCCAGUGUACUAACCAAGUCCAACUUGUCCAACAACAACGACCGAGCUGUACCAGACGCCUCCGUCCGCGAUCUCACUGUGCAACUUCAGAGUGUUUCAAUCUCUGACGCGAACCCUGCAACCAACAAUGCAAGUUCGUCUUCCACUGCCCGUCUUGUCGACCAAGGCCCCGCCGCCGCUUCGAGCGACCCGAUGCAAGACUUGGCAGUUUGUCUCGGCGUCUCGGCGGUCGAUUUCGAUCUGGCGCGAUUUUCGCCUCGUUUGCCCAACGUCAACCUGGCCACCCAGAGGUCUGGCCUCCUGGCGGCUCUGCCCGAGGCAAGUACCAUCAAAGGCAACGAGCUGCCACAACCCUCACCAUCACAGCGGACAAGCGCCGCAGCAGUGCUUGAUGAGCUGGGGCUACGCGACACCAGCGAGUUUGUCCCGCUUGCAGUUGGUUUCAUGCUGCUCAAAACCCUUCUCAAUGAGCUGAAAGCCGAGGCGAAAGCCGCAGCCGCCGAGACAGCGCGCCAGGAAGCCGUGGCGAAAGCCGAGCAGGAGCGCCAGGAAGCCGUGGCAGCGCGCCAGGAAGCCGAGACCGAGAGAAACGCGCGCCUGGAAGCCGUGGCAGCUGCCGAGGCGAAAGCCGCAGCCGCCGAGACAGCGCGCCUGGAAGCCGUGGCAGCUGCCGAGGCGAAAGCCGCAGCCGCCGAGACAGCGCGCCAGGAAGCCGAGACCGAGAGAAACGCGCGCCUGGAAGCCGAGUCGAGGGCCUCCAAGUUCCUGGUCGAUAAGGACAUUGUCUUGCCAGCUCUUGGUGCUGCCAAUCUGGGCAAAUCAAGCUUGAGUGCAUCCGUGCCAACAAAUCACCAACCUGCCACUGCACUCCACGGCGAAUUUGUCGUGCAUACCGAUUUGGCAUACACAGCGUGUCCUGCUGAUGCUGUUCUUGAUGCAGCUCGGGCUGGGUAUGAUGGCGAGCAAGCCGUUCAGCAACUGGUAUACCUCACGCUUACUGCGGUCGCCAAAGUCCUCGGACAGACACAACUGGCCGAGAUUCCUGUAUUCUUCAAGACCGCCGGCUCGGGAGCGAACGCGGCACAGAAGUCGGACCUCUGGUACGUAUCGUGGCUCGGCAUCGGACAUGGUGCUAUUGAGGUCAAGAAACCGUCCGCUCCGGAACCCACCAGCAGUCCGAAAUACGAGGAUCAACGCAAGGAACUCGCGUUAAAAGACAUGAGCAAUUCGUACAUUCUCGGGCAGUUGUACGACUACUUGCAGGAGCUGCGCAUCACCUUCAAGCCUAACGCACUGUUUGGCAUCCUGACCAACUACAUGUACUGGCGCAUCUGCUGGCUGGACGAGCCAGAAGCAAACCGGCUUGCCGCGUGCUCCCAGGCGCUCCCUCGGCACAAGGACUCGACCAUGCGCGAAGAGGACCUGCACACUUCGCUUCCCUUGCCUGAGUUCGCGGCCACCAAAGCGACCGCCACGCCGUUCCUGCCGCCAACUCAGCAGGUUCUGAAGCGCGAGCUCCGCUGCAGCCAACCCUUCUACUACCAAGACACGAAUAUCGUGUCCGUUCUCGCUUCCGCGAUCUACAAGAUGAGCCGCACUGUCCCAACGCGCGGAAGAUGCCACACAGCCCUUGCCGUCACUUCGAGAAGCCAAGCAUGGGAGUCGUUCAAGAUGCCUCUUGACUUUAACCACAUGCCGACUCUUCACAAAUCGCCGGAAGAAGAGGCAAAUCGCCUCUACCUGACACUCCGACUCGGCGGUGGCGGCGAUGGCACGGCGUGGCUCGCAUCGAACACAGCGGGCCGCGUCUGCGUCGUCAAGUUCUUCAACGAGCCCAACUUGGAGGUCAUUCAAGCCGAGUGCGAACGGUGGAACGACAUCUGGCAUCAGCGAGACCCCCAGUUUCCCAAGGCGGUUGUCACUACUUUGCUCGAGCAGCCGGCGCUCGUCAUGCCAUUUGUCAAGACAAGAGAGGUUUCCAAUCAAGCAUCUGCUUCCAAUCAAGCAUCUGCUUCCAAUCAAGCAUUUGCUUCCAAUCAAGUAUCUCCGGCCGAUCAAGAGGCGAUUCGCGAGGCCGCGCGGACAAUGGCCAUGGCAGGCUACCGGCACGACGAUCUCCUGAUGCGUCAUGUCGGCUUCUACAUGAAGGUUUCCAAGAAGAAGAAGAAGAACAAGAACAAGAAGAAAACGCGGACCUUGAUGGCCGUCUUUUGCGACUUGUCACGAGUCACCCGGGUGAGCUCCGACGAAGAUAAGGAAGCGGCGCGCAUGGCCAUGCUCACCAAACUUUCGCUUGAGCCCGGCGAUGUGUUGUGAGGUGUGCUUUUUUGAAACCAUGGCUCCAUCCGUCUGUUUCUCUGUAUGCACUCCAACCCCCUUUGUGAAAAUCAACCGGAAUUAAAAUUGUUUAUUAGGCA